AUGGGUAGAUGCCGGAAAAAAAUUGGUGGACGAACAUACAAAAAUUUUUCUGAUCAUGAUUUGCAAAGAGCUGUUGCUCUCGUUAAGAACGGUGUUUUAACUGAGCGUCAAGCAGCUGAACAAUUUGGAAUUCCAAAGUCUACAAUUAAUAGAAAGAGAAAUAAGAAAAAUUUGAAGCCUGUUGGGAGACCUUGUGUUUUAUCUACAAUAGAAGAAUCUAUGUUGUUGGACGGACUAGUUACAGCUGGGAAAUGGGGAUUCCCUUUGACAUCAAAAGACAUUGGUUUUAUUGUAAAAAAUUAUUUAGACACUGAAGGCCGUAAAGAACAAAGGUUUAAAGAUAAUUUACCAGGUCAAGACUGGCUAAAAUUGUUUUUACAUAGGCAUAAUGAUGUACUAACAGUUAAACUAUGUGAAAACAUAAAGCGAGCUCGGGUAGCAGUGAGUUGUGAUACUAUAAAUUUAUUUUUUGAAGAACUUACUAAAACAAUUGAAGGUGUUGAUCCGGAACUAAUUAUUAACUACGACGAGACAAACAUGACAGAUGAUCCAGGAAAAAAAAAAGUAGUUGUGCGCCGUGGCACUAAACACGCAGAGUGUAUAAAAGAUACAUCGAAGUCAAGCACCUCCGUUAUGUUUUGUGGCACAGCAUCAGGAGUUAUAUUACCAUUAUACGUAGUAUAUAAAGCUGAACAUUUAUACAAUACUUGGACCUAUAAUGGACCACCUGGUACUAGAUACAAUAGGUCACGUAGCGGAUGGUUUGAUAUGACGUUGUUUGAAGAUUGGUUUUUUAGUAUAGUGAUGCCAUAUUUUCGAAAAUUUCCAGAUAAAAAAAAAGUUAUGAUCGGAGAUAACUUGGCAAGUCAUGUAUCAACAAAAGUGAUAGAAUCUUGCAAAACAAAUAACAUUUCAUUUGUACUUUUACCACCUAACAGUACACACUUAACACAACCCCUUGAUGUGGCAUUCUUCCGGCCUUUAAAAAUGAAAUGGAAAAAGCAACUGGAUAUAUGGAAGGAUAAGAAUACGGGUGUUCUUCAAAAGUCUCAAUUUCCCAAUAUUUUAAAUAAAACAAUGAAAGAAUUAGGGCCUAACGCAUCAAAAAAUAUCAUAGCCGGAUUUGAAGCUUGUGGUAUAGUACCUUUAAAUCCAGAAAAUGUGUUAAAAAGAAUUCCAAGAGAAAAUUCUUUCAGUGAUGACUCUUGGUUGAAUUCAUUUGAAAGUCAUUUGGCAGAACGUCGCUUAAAUGUAAUAUCUACUAAUCCAAGGAAAAAAAGAGUGACUGUUCCAGCUGGUAAAAGUAUAUCAGAAUUGAAUACAGAAAUAGUUGAUACAAACAGUAUCUCAAAUGAUAUUGAAGACUUAGAAGUAGUUUUUUCUGAAGAACCAGUAAUUGAUAGCAUUAAUAGUGAACCUGAAAAUAAUCCUAUUAUUAUUGUCAUACCCACAACAGAUCAACUUCCUGGGCCGAGUGGUAAUAAUAAUCAAGAUGAUGAUGAUGAAGAUGAAGUGUUCGAUACAAAAAACCUUAGAGUAAACGAUUAUGUAUUGGUAAAAUGUCUUUAUAAUAAGAACUCUAAAAAAGCCAAAUUUAAAACGUUCCCAUGCCUUAUUAAACAUAUAAGUAAGGGAAUAAAUGGUAUAAAGUUUAUUUGUAGUUUUUUAAGACAGUAUAAAGGGAGAAGUGAAACAUAUGUAUUUCCAAAUGUUGAAGAUGUUAUGGAAGUAUCUGAAGAGAACAUUUUAAAACGUUUGAUGGUAAUCAAAGAACAUAGAAAUACAUUUACUUUUAAUAUGUAA